AUGGACGCACUCGAAAGGGAGCUUGAAAAGAACCUUUUCGGACAACACAUUGCAAAGGAAGCAGUUUUGGAUGCCAUUGGUGGGCACCUGAGAAACAUAGCCGCUUCUGAUAAACCGCUCGUGAUUAGUUUGCAUGGCGCUUCAGGCACCGGUAAAAACUACAUUGCAGAUUAUGUCGCACGAGCACUGCGCAGUAAAGGUGGAAAGAGUAAGUUUGUACACAAGUACCUGGGACGGAUAGACUUUCCGCUUGAGAGCCGAUUGGAGGAGUACCGAUCGCGACUCGUCCACGACAUUACGUCUGCGAUCGCCCAGUGUCCGCAAUCGCUGUUUAUAUUCGACGAAGUCGAAAAGAUGCCACCGGGUUUGUUCGACUCGAUCGUAUCGUUGCUGGACAAUCAUGCGUACUCGAGGCACCACGAUUAUCGGCAAGCAAUCUUCAUUUUCCUCUCGAACGUCGGUGGACCAGAAAUUGCGAAAGAUUUGAGGCAAUUGAUGCAGAGCGGAACAUUUCGUCACCUAACAUCAAUGCACGAUUUCGAGCGUACGCUAGAAGGAUUUGCCCUCAAUGGAAUGGGGGCGAUGUUUGAUAGUGAUCUAGUCAAGUCGCAGGUGGUCGAUCAUUUCAUACCACUUUUGCCACUCGAGAAGCGGCACGUCGAAAGUUGCAUCAGAAAGGAGUACUACAAGCAAACCGGAAGCGAGGAAAUCGAAGAAAGUUUUCUUAACUACAUUUUCAGGGAAGCCGUUACAAUGGAUGAACAUAAUACUUUUGCCAAUAAUGGCUGCAAGCGUGUGAGCAAAAAGGUGGAGUCUUGCCACAACAAUCGAUUGCGCAAAAAUCAGACAAAACCAGAGAUAAACAAGGAAGAUUUAUGAUUAAGGAGUGCUCUGUGGCCUUUUAACUGGUGUGCAGUGAUGGCCAAAGUU